AUGGUAUCUGCAGAAGUCAAGGACAAAGUUGAAAAAUUGAUCAAGGAAAAGCCAAUUUUCAUUGCUUCGAAAACUUACUGUCCAUACUGUGCUCAGACUAAGAAAACCAUUGAUGCAAUCACGAAAGAGGCUUACAUUUUGGAGUUGGACGAAGUUGACGAUGGUGCUCUGAUUCAGGAAGCGCUCUUGGAAAUCACUGGCCAAAGAACCGUUCCUAACGUUUUCAUUGGAGGCAAGCACAUUGGAGGUAACUCGGACGUUCAAGCUCUCAAGUCCAAAGGCGAAUUGGAAUCAGACAUUAAGGCUGCUUUGUAA